AUGGAGGAAACCUCACGUGGAUUAUUGCAGCACAAACAGAGGGCAGAGCAGCUUAAACAAGAGAGAACAGCACUGACACUAUCGUACGAGACUCGAGUUCAUCAGUAUCAAAAUCAAAUCUCAAAGCUGCAAUUGGAAAAUGAAUCGAUGCGUGGACAAUUACGUGGACUAGAGGCUGCUUGUGCUGGAGAAGUUCAUGCAGCAUUAGUUGCUAGAUUAGCAACAUUGGAGACUGAACACGUUGCACUGGCCCGUGACGCUGAUGCACAGAGGAGACAGUACGAGAGGUGUUUAGACGACGUUGCCAACCAGGUGGUUCGUGCACUCCUAUCGCAAAAGGGUUUGAGGGAGGAAAUUGGAAGUCUCCAGAGGCGGAUUAGAGAGUUGGAGGCACAGAACCGCGCACUGUCAGGGCUUUUGGUUCAAGCGACGAGUACCAGCAGUCCUGGAAGUCCUACGGAGCUUAUACAAAGUAUUAUUGAGGCUGGACCAGCAGCUCUUGUAGCUGCCCUCGGGCUCGACGCCUCCUGGGUACCACUUUCCAGGCCGCAGUCGCUUAAUCUUAAGAUUCCUGUAAUGGCUGCUACCAAGUGCCGGCGAAAUCGACCUUUGGGUCAAAAAGCAUCGGAGGAGGAAGGAAGUGAGAGUCCAGAGAGUGGAAAUAGAGACGAAGGGUACUCGACGAUGUCAUCAGAUGUACAGGGUGAGGGUGUACGUCAAGAGCCAGCACGGGGUUUGGAGGACCUCAAAGAAGCAACAGACGAAACUGAAGCUGACGUAUCUCCUGAUGCUCGUCUCGUCGCCCUCGAUAACACCGAUCCCGAUGUACUGUUUCUACCCUUAAAUCUCGCCAUUGGAAUCAAUCCAAGACACAGUUAUCCACCGUCAAAGGAUCUUGCACCCUAUCAGCAUGUGAUGAGAAGUUUCUCUGAUAGCCACUUGUAUCUCAAGUUAACGGCCGCGACAGCUAAUUUAACUCAUCCUCCUUAUAAUAUCUCCAGUCCCGCUGGUUCCUCCAGUCUUCUCUUAAUUGAGGAAGAAGGCUGGGAUGCAGAAUACGUCCAGCAGUGGCUGAGACUGGAUGACUCCAGAAGUGCCCAACAACACCGAGACCUCCUGGAACUGGAGUACGAUCGUGCUGAGCUUGAAGACUGGUCUUUUUCGCUGUCCAGUGAGGAUCUUCGAGCUGAGCCUACAUGGAAGGAAGAUACCCGUCCCCUGGCUCCAGCACUUCCAGCAAUAAAAGAGCACAAUCCGAUUGAACUCGAGGAGGAUGCUAAUGAGUGCUUGUGGAAUGGAGCAAGUUAUUUGGCAGAUAGAACCGGUGGUGAACUCGUUGCUCUGCUCAUGGACACCAGAACAUCUGGUCCUUGGCCGUAUGCAUCAAGUCCUGGUGCAUCUUGGAGCAGUGAAGAUGGCAUUCUCGAGUGCUCGAGCAAACGCUCAUCAGCAGCUCUAUCUGGUUAUAGUGAUGAUCAUGACUCACCAUCAAUUGGUACGGAUUUUACCCGGGAUUUUUAUCGACUAGUCAAAUUUGAAAGCACUAAAAGCCUCGCUAGCACGUCUUCCAAGGGUGGAAAACCACCUGAUCGUGAACAGGCACUUCAGAGUGUACUUUCAUUCAUUGCUGAGCAACAAAUGUACCUCACUGAAUUGCCAAACAAUUCACAUUGCAAAGAUCAAAACGAUAUCGAAGUGGCUGAUUAUGAGUACAAAGGGGAUACCGGAGGAGUAAUAGACCACGAAGUGUUGGAAGAUCAGAGACCACCAGCUGAAGCUACUGAAAGACUCCCAGAUGUGCCACCAAUGCCUUCUGCACAAUCAGGAGAAUCAUUUGAAAGAAUUCAAGGAAUUUCAUCACUACCUGACGAUAGGAUUGUGCCGUGCCCUGGCUUGGGAGAGUUGGGAGCUGUUCCUGAAGAGGAUGAGGAGGGAGCGACUUCUUCUACUCCCAGUACAGUGGUGAGUCCAGCAAGAGCUCCACUUCUCAUCGAAGGUCAUGACAGAUCCAUUAGCUUCCACGAAAGAGCAACAUCAAAAGAUGUAAUCAACGAACUCAACCGGAUGAUUAGGAAAGGCGAAGAAAAUCAAAAUCAAUCACAAGAACAGAAUGUUCCCAUCGAUAAAUUGGAUCUUGCGUGUUGCUGUCCCACUGGGUGGGUGCAUGUUGAACGCGAUAUUGAUUUUACUGAUCCAAAGGCAAGAGCAAACCUACUGGAUGUAAUGUUAGCAAGUUCAGAAAGUUCAUCAGCAACAUCAAGCAGCGGAUCAGCUGGAAGUGACUCUGGAGAUGAACCCUCCGAUUAUCGUCAUCUACAUCGUCUCCAUCGUUAUCGGCGUCAGAAGAAAGCAUCGGCAGUCCAAGCCCAUCGGGUUCUACGUUUGACAUCAUCUUGGGGCUCAGGCAGACCCUCAAUUAUUGGACGGGGUGAUGAUUUUUAUGUACGUUAUGGUGACAAGGAGCGAGAGGCUGUUGCCUCCUUUGAUUUUCUCGAUGAUAUCACGGCUAAUUCAUCAUCGUCUGGUGAACUUGAUGACUUACUACCGACUACGGAAUUUAUGAAGGUCUCACCAUUGUGAAAUUGAGCUUAGAGAGAUGAAAAUAUACAAAGUUUAGAGUAUAAGCAUUGUUUUUGUGAAUUCUCAAAAUGUUAGAAGGAUUUAAACUUGCAGAGGAUGAAACAGUGAUUGAAUAGCCAGGAAAAUCGCCCAUUCUGAAUAAUACCUGAGCAUCAAUUUGUCAUUGCAUGACUAAUUAUCGCACGUUCAUUUCAACGCAAACAAAUUUAACAAAGUAUUCAAGCAACUCAUGGUGAAUGAAUAUUUAUU